AUUCAAUAACGUUGCUUUGGCUGACAGUGUUGCUGGCCAGACUCUACCUUCCUUUCCUGCGCCGAACCAAUUAAGUGGUGCGUGCCAGGGCCAUACCGUGGCAAAUACUUUCGACAAGUAUUAUGUACUGAUUUAGCGUAAUAGAACACAAGACCGCAAAUACCCAAAUUGGUGCUCGACACAUUCUUUAUUACGCCGCACGCCCCGCUCGCCAACCAGUAAGCAUACCGAAAGCUACCCCUUACCCUCAGACCUCACUUCAUUCCUUAAUGGUUAAAGCCAAAGGACAUAGCUGACUGGGACCCAGCGCACGUUGUGCAUGUCAUCGGCUCAUCCCGCUGCAAAGCCCUCCUGACGACAGCAACACCGCAGCUCCCAAGGCAUACGGCAGCGCACCCUCUUAACAACUACACUCCUCAGCUGCAUUUCACAAGUCGAUUGCUGAGGGAAGGGUCCUGUGGUCCUGACACCCGCGACACACCAUUACAAUUGGCGCCAACGUGCGCUUGUACGGCACCGCCCGCACGACCGGUAACGUACGACCCGUACCAUUACCAGACCCCCUGCCACACACUGCCCUCGCGGUUUCAGCAAGGGCUACACUAUCCCGGGGCAGUGUCAUUGCUAGGCGCAGGAUGGCCUCAUCAACUGCAGCAGCAGCAGCGGAGGUAAUACCGGCACCACCGCCGCCGGAAGAUGGGGAAGAAGCGAUGGUGGUUGCUGCUACUGGGGUAGCAGGGCCUGCGGGGGCAUUAGCAGGGGCGGCGGACGGGGCAGCAUCGACAGGCACACCGGCAGCAGCAGCAGUGACAGCAACAAUGGAGGCACUGCAGGCGACGGCGACGGCGGGUGAGGCUGAGUCUGCUGGGGCUGCUGCAGUGGCUGCUGCGGCUGCCGGUACGGAGGGCUCCUCUCCCACCACUCCCCUCCCCUCCCUUCCCACCUCAGAGGAGGGUGUACUGCAGCUGCUGGAGCUGCCGGUGUGCGGCAACCUAGGGGGGCUGCAGGUGCUGCCCUCGGCGGGGGAGCUGCGGUCCCUGCUGUGUCACGCGGUGCAGCUGGCCUCCCACCUGGCCGCCAGCAGGCCGCAUGUGGCCAACCUGGACAAGCUGACUCGCAGGAUUCGCAGCGAUUUGGAAUUCGUACAGCGCUGCUGUCCCCCCGGGGCGGAGGCGGCAGCGACGGAGGCGGAGGCGGCAGGAGUGGCGUCACAAGGAGCAGCAACAACAGCAGCACCAACAACGCCACUACCACCAGCACCAGCAGCAGCAGGGGGAGCGGAGCUUGCCUCGAUAGAAGCCACGGAGGCCGAGGAGGCAACGGAUGCAAGGGAGGAGGUGGCGCUAGCGGGGGGUGGACCCCCGGGCGAUGCUGAUGCGGGAGGCAGCACAGGAGGCAGUGGUAAGGGCGGAGGAGGCGGCGGUAACGGCGACGGAAGAGGAGGCGGCGGUAACGGCGACGGAAGAGGAGGCGGCGGUAACGGCGGAGGAGGGCGCAGCACGUCCUCCGGGGCUCGGCUGCUUCCGCUGACGCCCACUCGCGUGCAGGGCAUUAUCAACAACCUGAGGGGCUUCCAGGGAGAGCUCCUGGCGGCCCAGUGCGCCCCCGGGGUGGUUGCCGUACUCCGCCGCUUCCAAGCUGCCGUACCGCUGCAACCGCAACUGCUGCAACCGCCAACGACACAACCGCAACCGCCAUCACAGCUGGGUACGGCAGAUGCGGCUGCAGUAGUGGUCGGGCAGAAGAGGCCGCUGGCUGCAGCUACAGGCGAGGAGGAUGCUGCCGCUGCUGCUGCAGUUGCAGUUGCUACUGCAGCCGCCGAAGAUGAGGACGAUGGAGGGGCCUCCGACGCAGCCCAGCAGCGCAAUCCAGCGGUCGUCACCAAGGGCGGCAAACAAAGCAGUAGCGGUGGCGGCGGCGGGAAAGGCCGCGGCAGCAAGGGCAGCAAGGGCGGUGGCGGUGGUGGCGGUGGUUGUCCGCUGGUGUCGUUGUCGGUUGAGGUGGACGUUGUAGCCCAGGGGGGGCACUGCUGGGUGGAGGUGAAGAACCAGGAGGUGUUUGGGACGGAGAGUGUGCACUGGACGGGCUCCUCCCGCGGCCACGUCAAGUGCAAGGGGCUGCGGCGGCAAGCUGCCGAGCUGCUGGCGGUUGCCGCGGCCCCGCAGCACUGGCGCCGCUGGAGGCCGCCGGCAGUGGUGCUGUUCUUCCCUGGGGGGGUGGCGGAGGGAGUGGCGCGGGAGCUGAGGGGCAUGGGGGCGCAUGUGGCGGUGGGGGCAGACUCCCUGCGCCACCUGCCGCCCCCGCCCCCGCCCCCCGCCGCCACCUGCCUUGACGUCACCACGCUGUGUGGGCUGGUGAGCGAGGUCACCAACGGGGGGGUGCACGACAGCGCCGUACAGCAGUGGGCGCAACGCACCGUACACUGGAGGG